GGUGGUGACACGACGGCCUUGUCUGAGUGCGAGAGAUCACGCACAUCUGCUUCUUUUGUUUUCACAUAAAUGUCCGUGCGUUUGUCAUGCAGUGAACUAGAAUAUGACCUGCUAUUCGUGAUAAAGAAAUGUGAAUUGACGGCCGGGCAGCCACGCGCGUCAAACCGCUACGUGGAAUCUGCUAGUGAGACCGCGAGACUAAUUUGAGCUGCAAUUAGUGUCAGAACGCGGGUCUGCAGUCACCAGUGUGGAUCCAGUCAGUGUACGGAUGAGAGCGUCGAACUCAGGAACAUAUUUUUGUAAUUACGACACGUGCAUUGUUUAGCCUUUUGUUUUGAAAUCACUGAAGCCACGAGUUCUUUUGGGCGAGUAGUUUCGACGCGUUCGCUCAGAUGGCGUUAGUGCAGAGAAGGGGUUUUGUUUCGGAGUGAGUGUCACGACCAAGGUCCGGCAUGGUGCUUCAGAAGCUGGUACCGUGUCGCUGGCAGCGCGGGCGCCCCAAGAAGAGAAGCCACGUGGUGUUCGGGGGUGAUGGCCGUCUCAACAACCCCGCUGCCCGACUCGCGACGCACGGGCAAGGUGGUGGGUGCACUGCUGGGCUGGCCAUGAGUUCCGUCAUGGUAGCACACUCCGGCAGCGAAUCCUUGCUAGGAACUGUAUCAGCCAACAACAACAACAACAACAAUAACAACAGCAGCUUUCACGUGAACAAUAACGAUCCUUCACCCAGCGACCUGGCGCUGCUUGCUAAGUUAGAAGAGGCCAACAGGCUUAUUGAAGCCGAUGCCAAAUCAUUGAAUUCCCUUUCUGGGAACAGUGGCCAUUCCCGGAAGAGUUCAGAUACAUCCCAGAUAUCAUUAACCUCAGGUACUAGCUCCAGUCAAGAACGCACUGAGGAUGGGGAGGAAGACAACUGGACCCUGUGGGGCAGAGUGUCUAAUGACUGGGACAACUUCUGGAAGAAACGCAACUCCUUCGUUAGAGAACUGGUUCGGAAGGGAGUGCCGCAUCACUUCCGAGGCAUCGUGUGGCAGCUGCUGUGCUGCGCUCAUGACUCCCCCGUCAAGAAGCAGUAUGCUGACUACAUCAAGGCGACGUCGGCAUGCGAGAAGGUGAUCCGACGGGACAUAGCACGCACAUAUCCGGAGCACGACUUCUUCAAGGAGAAGGAUGGACUGGGACAGGAGAGUCUGUUCAACGUGAUGAAGGCGUACUCACUGCACGACCGUGAGGUGGGCUACUGCCAGGGGUCCGGUUUCAUCGUGGGGCUCCUUCUCAUGCAGAUGCCAGAAGAAGAAGCGUUUGCAGUGUUAGUCAAGCUGAUGCAGGAAUACAAGAUGCGGGACAUGUUUAAACCAACGAUGGCAGAAUUGGGGCUUUGCAUGUAUCAACUGGAGAACCUGGUUCAGGAACUGAUUCCAGACCUGCACGUCCACUUCCAGUCGCAGAGCUUUCACACCAGCAUGUACGCCUCCAGCUGGUUCCUCACUCUCUUCACGACCGCACUGCCGCUGCCUGUCGCGUGUAGGAUCAUGGAUGCGUUCUUGUCUGAAGGGAUGGAGGUCAUCUUCAAGGUGGCUCUGGCCCUUCUUACACUGGGCAAGGAAGAUCUCCUUUGCCUUGACAUGGAGGGCAUGUUGAAGUUCUUCCAGAAAGAUCUGCCUCCCCGUGCGGAGUCGGAUCCUGAUGGACUUAUGCUGCUGGCAUACAACAUGAAGUUCAACCCUAAACGUAUGAAGAAACUCGAGAAGGAGUAUACAGUGAUGAAGACGAAGGAGCAGGAGGAAAUGGUGGAGCUCAGGCGAUUACGGACGGAGAACCGACUGCUCCGCCAGCGUGUGGAGCUGCUGGAGGCGGAAUCAAGCGAAUUAGCCGACCGACUGGUGAGGGGACAGGUAUCAAGAGCCGAAGAGGAAGAGACGACGUUCGUGGUGCAGCGAGAGUUGGCAGCCCUGCGGCACACUCAUCUUGAGACGUCACAUCAGCUGGAAAUAGCUCAUGAGGAAAUACGGAACCUUUCCCUUCUGAUGGAGGAGACUCACACUUCAAGACAGUCGUCCCUAGAGGAGAUCAGUAUGAAGCGGGAACAGCUGAGCCAAAAGGAGGAGCUUAUCGAAUGCCUGCAGGAGGAACUGGUGAAGGUGCGGCUGCGUGAAGCUGAAAACGACGCACUGAUACGUGACUUGCGUGCAAGAAUACAGGAGCUCGAGGAGGACAAGAAGACGCUGCGAGAAUCAACGCCAGACAACUCGGUAGCUCACCUCCAGGAGGAGCUAAUAGCAGUGAAAUUACGUGAGGCAGAGGCAAAUCUCUCGCUGAAGGAUCUGCGACAACGAGUCGGGGAGCUGAGCCAGCAGUGGCAGCGCCACCUUCAGGAGCAUCGUGUAGAGGCUACCCCUCCACCUGACAGCACGCCAAAGAAACUGCUGUUCUGGGAGAAUCGCGGAAAUGAAACUCAGAGGCUCGAGGAAGAACUGAUGACGACGCGGAUCAGAGAGAUGGAGGUCCUGACGGAAGUGAAGGAACUGCGGCUCAAAGUCAUGGAGCUGGAAACGCAGGUCCAGGUGAGCACAAACCAACUGCGUCGGCAAGACGAGGAGAACAAAAACCUCCGAGAGGAGCUGGAGAAGGCUGAGAAUCGGGAACGAGAGCACGUCACAAAACUGCGGGAGGAGAAUCACCGGUAUACAGACCUCGAGUCCAAGAUGAAGGAGAACCUCAUGAUGGCCAGGAUCAGGGAUGCCGAGCACUCCCAGUACGUAGCCGAGUUGAAGCAGAAGAUCUCUCGGUUAGAGCUGAAGAAUGAAGAGAUGGUGACCGAGGGAGAGCUUCGGAGCAACAUGGACGACAGCGAGAAAGUCCGCGAGCUGCAGGACAAGGUGGCUGACCUGAAGGCUGAGAUCAUGAGGCUGGAGAUCUGGAAGGAAAGGUGGGUAGGUGGCUGCACCACAGUCCGCAUGCCCACAUCCCGUUCUGCAUCUAUCGACACUGAGAGCGAACAUGACGAGCCCUCCGAUCUCCAACUGCACCUGAACAGCGGCUCUUCGAGCCCAGAGAUGAGCCCCGCUGCAAGACACAAUGGCGAUGCAGCUGAUCCGAGUCCGGAGGUCUGAUACGAGUCACUCGAGCCUGUGUCUGGAGUGCCUCGUAGAAAUCGUGUUUGGUUAGUUCUUGCUUCCUGUCCAUUCCUGGUUUCCUGAUCACCUGGUCCUGCCUGUGACCUCGGCUUUCGACCAGCAGAGUUUGCAGUUCGUGAUGCGUAUGUAAAUGAGAAAGGGUUGAGCAGCGACUGGACCGAGGGUCGUGCUGUGGUAAGUUCUCAUUUACAUUACCUUCUCCUUUUACUUAUUCCUGCACUGUAGUUGGUACAACUGUUCUCUGUUGUUGACAUUCAGUUCACUCUGAAUCCAUUCUUUCCAAUUGUAUUCAGAGUUGAGGAGUAUAAAGGUCAAAUGUAUUUAUUCUGAGGGAACAAGACGGCUAUUUGUGUUCCUAUUUUAUGUAUAUUCUGUGAGAUGUAAAUAGUGUAUUUUGUGAAAUUUUGACGCUAAUUGAAGUUUAAGAGGACAGGUGCUGUCUGCAUCAUCAGUGUGUUGUUGUUAUUAUAUGUAUUAAUUUAUAAAUGCAGUUGUAGAAGAGUUUCCAAUGACCGGCAUAACACGAGAUUUGGUAAGGACGACAGUAUUAAGCGUUACAGUAUUCAGUGACCGGAAUAGACUGCAGGAUGCACAUGUUAUAUGCUGCAAUGGUGAUGUGUUCAUUGUGACGUAAUGCGAUUCAAAUUCUGUGGCCCAUGUUGCAUGACAUAGUAGCCACUACCACAAAAUACGUCUUCUUCCCGUGGGUCUUGGCCACCUCUUUUGGGGGUUUCUUUGUCGAAUUUGUGCAUUUUUGAGUGAGUAGUGAGUGACAAGCCCACUGCCUCUGCACAGUUUCUACUCGAUCCUGAUUUGUGUUCUAGAGCCAUCUAGUAGAGAAUCAGGAGAGACGUGGAUCAGAAAUGGCCACUGAAUUUUGUGUACGACAAAAUACACGCGAGUUCCGUUGUAUUCAUGUAUAAGUGCUCUAGUUUGGUCAAAUUGAGAUGAAAGUAUUCCUAGGCAUUUGGUAAUUGAAAUAAAUGGGUUGCGUACAGUGGAGCAUGUAUAUUUGUCACACUUCUUACUGCUACGGUAGGCAGCCUGCCAAAAGGAUGAGUCGUGGAAAAGCAGCCAGUUUCAAUCAUUAGCACCACUUGUAGGUGGUUCGUCAUGUUUGAGGGGAUUUGAAGUCGGGAGACGGGGCAGGCCAAGCAAAUAAUCGUCUGAAAUCUGAUGAACAUGCUUUCCAUAUGUGAAAAUUCAUGUCCUUCGAUCUUUUUCUUUUGACGCAGUGACAUUUUAAUCACUUCGAUGAAGUUAUUUCAUUGGAAUCGGUCUACCAGAACACGGUUUUAAUGCCUACUAUCAGGUGAUGAGAGGCCCGGUAAAGUUGGUAGCCUGAACGUACCAUUGUCGGUCGCAUACACAUGUGUGACCUGUCAUUCUGAUAUUACAGUUUGCGGCGAAGUAUUAUGAUUAUGUCGGAAGUCGGCUAGAAAUAUGAAAUACUCACAUUUUUAGAAUAAUUUGCUUAUCAAUAAAUGUUUUAAUUUGUAGCUAUUAUUUUAUUUUGUAUUGGGAAGUGUCAGAAUCUGUAAGCAUUGUACUUAAGUUUUUUAAUAAUUCUUAUGUGUGUGCGAGUGUGUAUGGAGUAUUUAGGUUAUGUUUGUCUCUAGUGUUUCUGCACAUUCCAUCCACUUUUGCCACAGGGUAGUUUCUUGGUAGCUACGGUAAUUUCUGUACCUAUGUGUGUUGUUAGUUGGGAAGUUGCCUGCCUUGCAUCUAGGUUUCACUGAUGUUCAACGUCUGGGUCCAUCGGAUAUCUAAACUUUCUUUAGUCUUAAUAAACAAUGGGAACUUCGUGUAUGCAAUAUUUAAUGUGAGGAGAACUACCCAUUCCUGUAAUACCUGAACCAAUCGUUGCGUGUCGUAAUGUAAACUCCGAUAUUGGGAGAAUUAGAAUGGAAAGCUGCUUCUAUGGCGGAGUGGCGUUGUGUGGUGCCAGCACAGUUUUCUUUUCAGGUAUCAGUGUUUAAAUUUUAAAUUAGAUUUUACUAUGUCAGAAGGAAUGGAGAUCAUUUAAUUCUCUUAUGUUCUACUCUGUUAGGAUGAGUGAAGGGUUGACGUGGCGCCAGUUGUUUCUGACGAUCGUCUAGCGGUCGCAUGUGGAAGUUUUUAAGCGUUUGUGAGUUUCGAGCUUUCCAAAGCUGUGAAAAUUCUGAUUUUUGUCUUGUGGCUUGUGAUAAUGUUAAUCGUGGAGUUGGUUACGAAUAUUUCAUAUGAACCAGUCACCUUCAUCUUCAGAGUACAAGUACUCUGAAGAUGGAGAUUUGUACAGGGUGUGUUCAUACCACAUUUAAUGAAACUUUAAAUUUAUUCUAAAAGUGAUUAGUGGUUAUAACUAUCAGAAAUAUACCGACUAGGCAAUGGAGAAAGUUACAUGAAGGUGAACUCCUUUCCACCAGGUAAUUAGAGCAAUGAAGUUGAACUGAGAUGUACUGGUACAUCAUAAGGGGAAAAAUUAGAAAUGCAGACAAAGUAUUGUAAAGGGUGAAAGCUACUGCGUAAAUUAUAUUAUGAAUGGAAGGAUAAUUAAGGUGUGAGUGUGUAUGAGUGAGUACUGGCUCAAGAUGGGUUGUAGGGUUAAAUAAUACCAGAAAAUGGAUUAAGUAUGUCCUCAAAGAAAUUUGGAUUUAAGUAAAUGAUGCAUUGGGGUCAACAGAUUAAGGUGGCCCUCAGAUCUAAACUGUUGAGUGGCAGAAAUAUAAUAUGAAUAUCGUGAAUGCAAGGGUGGUUCAAUAAAGACUAAGAAUGUUUCUUAAAACAUUCCUCCUUUAUUCUUAAUCAUUACAAGCGAGUUCCUUUUCAAAAUGGGCUGCCCUGAACUCGGUACGCUUAUCCCAGUAUUUUUGCCGCUCGUCAAAGACGCGGUUGAAGCCAUUUUUGGGCAUCAUUUUCAAAAUCACGGCACGUCGUUCCGCUAUAACAUCCAUCACGGUGGAUGUGUGACUUUGGAGGUGAGAUGGGUGUAGCUUGUAAUCAAGGUCACAGCUAAACAUGCAGCAACCUGUCAGUGCUGCCAACCACUAUAAAUGAAAGUUCCCUCAAGUCUUCCAAAGAUUUUGCAAAUAAGUUAAUGUCAGUGUUUAUUGAACAGCCCUUGUAUAUAUAUUCAGAAAAGUCUGAGAACUUUUAUUUCGUCUGCUUGAGUUGAUUUAAAAAGGAUCAGACUCUUUGAGUUACGUCGUUUCUCUUUUUCUCCCAUGUAACUCUGUACUUUAUGAUGGAGGCACAUUAUUGUAACGUGUAUGUGAUAUUAUUACACUGUGCAAGAAACUAGCACUGUUGCAAUAUUUUUAGAAAUAAAAUAUUAAUUGAA